GAUUAAUAAAUUCACGCAUCCGUAAGCGCAACCACAACCGCAAGCACAUCGCUUGUGCUCCGUCGUCGGCGCCCACAGUGUUAAGACUGAUUGUUUCGGCGGCAAGUUCCAAAUCCGUCGUUUUCAUCAGUGUUUUGGAUUUCUUUUGCUGUCGCAUUCUGAUCGCCGUGUUCUAGAAAAGAUGGUGUUUUGGGAAGGAUACGUCAGCGACGAGUUGAUGGGCACGAUUGCUCCGAUCGUUGUUUACUGGCUCUACGGCGGACUCUACCAGCUGCUUCCGCCGUUGGACCGGUUUCGGCUCCACUCCCGGAAGGAACUGAACGCGAAGAAUUCGGUGACGCUGCCGACUGUGGUGAAGGGUGUUCUAUCUCAGCAGCUCCUCCAGGCAACUCUCGCGCAAUCGCUCUUCUGGGUUACGGCAAAGAUGGGUCUAUCAUCGAACACGGCUCAGCCGCCGCUGCCGAUUCAAGCCCUGCAGUUUUUGGUGGCGAUGCUUGUAAUGGACUCGUGGCAGUACUUCCUCCAUCGUUACAUGCACGAGAACAAGUUCCUUUACCGGCAUAUCCACUCUUGGCAUCACCGCCUCGUCGUCACUUGUGCGAUUGGAGCCCUUUACAACCAUCCGUUGGAGGGUCUCCUUCUGGACACUUUCGGCGGCGGCAUCGCAUUCCUGGUCUCCGGGAUGACCGCGCGGACUGCUGUGUUCUUUUUUUGCUUCGCGACGAUGAAAACUAUCGACGACCAUAGUGGCCUUUGGCUGCCUGGGAACGUCUUCCAACUCUUCUUCCGCAACAACGCGGCCUACCAUGACAUCCAUCAUCAGCUUAAAGGGUUGAAGUACAAUUACUCUCAACCUUUCUUCUCCGUUUGGGAUAGACUGUUGGGGACUUACAUGCCUUACGACUUGGUCCCUCGACGAGAAGGUGGAUUGGAGGCAAGACCUUCAAAAGAUUAAACUCCAUGUGUGGGUUUGAGUACAUAUUUCCAGGAUCAGUAGAAUGAAGAGUCGAACUGUUCAGUUAUUUGAAAAACAAGUUCUCUUGCAAAAGAAGUACUUGUUAGAAUUAAA